CAAUCGACCAAACUUUACAAUGGAUUUCAUUUUUCAACCAAAAGGAUUAAAUUCUAACUUCAAAAUUGUUAAUAAAUUCGUAAAAUAAUCUAUAACAAUGCCUAGUAAAGUAGAUAAAGUGUAUCACACCAUGUUGCUUCGCCGCAGAUUUUGUAAACGCGUUAUUUUAAUGGCUGUCGCAUUCGGCCUAUCAUUGUACGUUUCUGUUUUGUUAUUUGGUGAUUUAAAAAGCCCUAGAGUGAUGAAUUUAACUGAUUUAGACCGCUGCCCUGCUUGCUUUGGAGUAACUGUAUGCCCUGAGCUGUAUUCUAAUCAAAUUAUAAUGGAAUCCAAUCAUCACUGGCACAGUAUGUUCAAUGCAAAAAAUAUUUAUUAUGGCUACACAAAAUCUAACAGACGAGUGGUUAUGAAGAAAUUGGCUCACGAUUGGGAACUCAAAGAGUUAGAUUCGAAGUUGUGUAAGAUUUGGCACCUAAAACGCGACUGCAAACCAAUAAAUUUGCUCAAUGUAUCGAACAUUGAUGAGAAAAUGAUAAGCAUCAUCAGUUACAACAUCAGUUGGCCAGAUUCUGAGCCAAGGAAGGGUUUGGUGCUCUGUCCCUACACUUACAGCUUCUAUGACUUUAUCCAGCCUGUGCUGAACAACCAGAAAUCGAAUAAUAACAACUAUAAGUCGGACAUGUUGAAUGUGUGGACAAUGCUGAGCAUCAACCCAGAGCCUAUAAUUUUACAGGUGAUACCCAAGUCAAAAGGCUGGCGCGUGCCAGCUUACGGCGGAGUUUGUGGUCGUCUGGAAAUUGUAGCAUAUGAAGGAGAACCACUGUCAUCACUACUGCACGUGCAGUGGCACCGUAAACUCAAAUAUGCACGAGCCAUUUUGGAAGCAGCAAUGGAUUUUACGUUUAAACAUGAUAGAUUCCGUUUUUACUUCAUGGACUGGUCUUUAGACAAUAUUGUGGCAAAUGAAAGGGACGAAAUCACAUUUGUGGAUCUGGAAGAUGUCAUUGUGCUGGACAAACACAUAUCUCCCAAGAAAGACUUACCAGACUGGUACCAACGUUACAUCAGAGAAAUCACUGGACCAGGAUUCACAUUUUCAAUUGAAAAUAUGUGCAAACACCAUUUGAGUGACCACAAUAUUUGGGCAGCAUGUUACGUAUUAGCAGGGGAUGAAAAUCCAUUGUUGUACCCUAUACCGAAAGACGUUAAUGCUUCAAGGCCACAUUUUGACCGGCUGCUGAAUGAAUGCUUGAACGGUGACGACCGUUUCCGUACAGUAACAAAACUGCAGCAUGUUAUGUCAGAUAUGUUGAUGGAUGAAAACAUAGUUGGUUUUGGCACUGUUAGAUGAUAAGACAAAAA